GCAAUUCCCUAGGCCUUCAUAUCUGGAUUCUGAGCCUGUUGCAAAAUUUGGGAAUUACUCGUCAAGGCCAUUUGAUAGGGCACCUCAUGGCUUCAAGUAUGAUAGUGGUCCGCAUACAGAUCCUGCAGCUGGCACUGCUCCAUCAAGGUUCCUGUCUCCCUAUCGUCUUGGUGGUUCAGUGCAUGGGAAUGAUGCAGGAGAUUUUGGGAGAAUGGAGCCUACUCAUGGUCAUCCAGAUUUUGUUGGACGGCGUCUUGUGGAUGGUUUGGCUCCUCGAAGCCCAGUUAGAGAUUACCCUGGCCUCCCACCUCAUGGGUUUAGAGGCUUUGGCCCUGAUGAUUUUGAUGGCAGGGAGUUUCAUCGAUUUGGUGAUCCACUUGGAAAUCAAUUCCAUGAGGGUAGGUUUUCUAAUUUGCCCGGUCAUUUUCGUAGGGGAGAGUUUGAGGGUCCUGGUAAUCUGCGAAUGGUUGAUCAUAGAAGGAAUGAUUUUAUUGGUCAAGAUGGUCACCCUGGUCAUCUUCGGAGGGGAGAUCAUUUAGGUCCUCACAACUUGCGAGAACCUCUGGGUUUUGGUUCUCGUCAUUCACGCAUGGGAGACAUGGCUGGGCCCGGGAACUUUGAGUCAUUUCGAGGCAACAAGCCCAAUCAUCCUCGCCUUGGUGAGCCUGGAUUUCGAAGCAGCUUUUCACUUCAGAGAUUUCCAAAUGAUGGAACUUAUACAGGAGAUCUGGAGUCUUUUGAUCACUCAAGGAAAAGGAAGCCAGCUAGUAUGGGGUGGUGUCGGAUCUGUAAAGUUGAUUGUGAAACAGUGGAAGGCUUGGACUUGCAUUCACAAACAAGGGAGCACCAGAAGAUGGCUAUGGAUAUGGUACGAAGCAUUAAGCAGAAUGCUAAAAAGCAGAAACUAACCUCUGGUGAUCAGUCCUUAUUAGAGGAUGCAAACAAGUCAAAAAUUCCAGUAUUGAGGGCCGGGGAGAAAAGCAUUGAUUGAUGAUGGUGUGCUGCAAUGUGGAUCCCUUUGGUUGCAUUUCACUUGGGGUCCGAUUGUUUCUUUGGUAUUAUUGCGUUAGCAAUAUAGGUGAUGCACCCUUCCAUGCCUCUUUUUUCUACAUUCGGGGUGGUUCAUGCUAGUUUUGUCAUUUCAGGUUGCUGCCAUGUUAAUGGAGAUGGUAUUUGGAACUGGAGUUCAAUGGCAGUUAAGUUUGUUGGUUUUUGACUCUCAAGUUUUCUAUUCUCACUAGGAUUGUUUUCUGUUGACAUUAUCAUCAUUAGAAAUUCAAAAGUGGUAUACUGCUAUCACUUCUUUUGCAUUUGGAGCUGAGAUGGCAUUUGGUUUAUAGCAUUCUUGAAUGUAUCUUUUACCUUUCCAAUUCUUAUAUUUCAAGUUCGUUCAUGUUUUGUUCGUUAUACUCGGUGCGAUGAAAAAGUUGGAACUUUACAAGAUUAUUAGCCAGGAAAACUUGAUGUGAUGAAUUUUUAGAAUGAGUGGAUCCUGGAAUAUUAAAGUAUGGUACAGCAGGAGAUGAUAGAAUC